CAUCAAUCCAGAAGGGGCGCAAGAAUCGCAAGUUCCGCCAUUAUCGACGGAAAUGGCUGCGACGACGUACUUUCCUGCAGUGUUCAUUCAUGGCACUUUGGGCUGGGGUCGACGGACUCCGUUCUUCAACCUUGCCCCCAACUACUGGCCGUUGAAGCAGCUCGAUGAUGUGAACCCGAACCACAUUGUCGUGGAAGUGGGCAUCGCGUCCUCGGACCAUGACCGAGCAUGUGAGACGUUCUAUCAACUCAUCGGCGGUCGCGUGGACUACGGGGAGGCCCAUGCCGCCGAAAAAGGUCAUUUGCGUUACGGCGCUACCUUUGAUACGGCCUUGCAUCCGACGUGGAGCGAGGACAACCCCGUGCAUCUCGUUGGACAUAGUUAUGGCGCCACCACUGCGCUUGAACUAUAUCAACUGCUCUGCGUCGACUUCUUCGGCAUCGGAAGCAACUACAAAUGGGUCAAAAGCAUCGUGUCCAUCUCGGGCACGCUCUCCGGCACCACCAUGGGAUCUAUGUUUGGUUCGACCCUGGGCAAUCCGUCGCCGUACGGCAGCAUCAGUUAUCUCAUCGCGUGUGGGUUUGCCACGUUGCACAAGCUGCAGCAACAUGUCCCAUGGCUGUCAAACUUGUACGACCUCCGCAUGCCGCAGUGGGCGCACGCGUCGUCGUCGUCGUGGCGGACGCUGUACGAUCCAGCCCACAAACCGCUCAACACGGACGACAACGUGUUUACGUGUUUGCUGCCCCAGCAUCGGCUGGCCAAGAACGAACGCCUCGUACACAUGGACAAGAUCCACCUGUUUAGCAUCGUAUCGCAAACCACCAAUGUCCUCACGUACCCCCCCGUGGUGGAAUUCGCCACCAUCGCUGCGAUUUGUACCAUGUGGAAGCUCCAAAAGCCCAAGCUCUGGAUUGGGUUGUUGUCGUUGUGGCUGUGUCGACGGCUGACGAGAGUGGACUGGUCAAAGCCGUCACUGUUCCUGGGGUACCUCAUGAAACGGCAUGCAGAAAAGGCCGAUGCGUUCUACGAAGGAUACGACAAGGACGACUGGCAGCAUUCCGACGGCGUCGUGAAUUCGUACUCGAUGAUUCGACCUCGAUUGAGCUUUGCCCCCCCUCCCCCCAUGGAGGAACCCUCCGAGGAGGGGACCCCCGCCGUGAUGGUGCGUGUGCCUUCGCACGUCUCUAUCGACAUGGGCUUGCCCGACGAAUCGAACGCGGUGAUGAUUUCUACGGGUCAGUGGCAUGUCUACCGCGUGAACAAGAACCACCUGUGCGGCACUCGCGGCGACGGCGAUGCCCGGGAGCUGUACACCCGACUCUUUCGCCUCCUCAACCAAAUCAGCGGCACAUCCCCUUGUGACACGAUCCUGCCGUUGCCGCCGACACAGUUGGAGCUGGAUUUCUUGACGACUUAAUAUUCCAUGAAAAUGAUAGUUAUAUUUUGUGACAUGG